AUGUACUCAGCCGUAACUUGCCCAACACUGGAUCUCAUUGACCGCUCGUCCUUUUUCAUUUGUCUUCUUGGACACAGCUACGGACAGUGUCUGCCGGCUGAAAAUGGUUCUCGGUCUGAUAUUGGACCAUGUUCUUGGUCUGAGGUGGCUAGGAACUUGCACGUUGCUGCAGAGGCUGGUUACCCUUGGGUUAUGGAGGAUGAGUAUCGCACCAGUAGCCUUACAGAGCUGGAGAUCACCAAGGCAGCCUUCAUUGACAACAACAGAAGCUGCUUCUUUUAUUUUAAAGACUGCACCCCUCAGGACACACAGGACGACAGAAGUAGUGAAACGUGCAAUUUCUUGAACAUGCUGUCCACUCAAAGCCAAAGGGAGAGACAGAGAAUGAGAAAUCAAAAAAAAAAGAUCAUAAAUCAUUGUCUUCCUGUCAGAUUCUUCAGAAAUCUUCAUGAACUUGAGGAGAUGAUAAAGGUGGACUGGGAGGGAAUCAUAUGUAAAUUUCACGAGGAUCCAAAACAUCCCAUCUCAGGAUGGCAGGAUUCAUUCGAUCUGCAAUACCAUGCGAUGUAUGCGCGUACAUUGUGUGACUGGUUUGUGCCCUCGGCACCCACCACAGAAAUACUGAACGCACUAAACAAAUUUCUGCAUCCUGUAACCCAUAAUGCAAAAUCUGAGAUGCACUCAAAAAAUCCAGAAGCUCAUUUUACAUGUGAUCUUGACCAGAACGACUCAGAGAAAUCUAUUUUACUAGUGUGCGGUGAAAGGGGUUGUGGGAAGUCCACUCUGGCAGCAUGGUGGCUGCAGUCCUUCUGCAGACAAAAUCCUGAUGUUCCAGUCAUCUCUCACUUCUGUGGGACCAGCACAUCCAGCACUGAUGUCAGGUCUAUGCUCAGACAGUGUACUGCGCAACUUCGAAGAGCACAUUACAGUGAUUUUCCAGAUUGGGAUGAUAGUUUGGAGGACGUGAUUGAGUUUAUACAUCUCCAUCGGACCGUCCAGGCAUUUACUGCAGCAGCCAGUCUUGGGCCUUGUAUUCUUCUUAUAGAUGCUAUUGACCUUCUGACAGAAACACUAGCAAUAUCAAAGCAAGAGGUGAAGGAACUGCGAUGGCUGCCAGAUGAUCUGCCUCGCUAUUGUAAAAUGAUCAUCACAACAACGUUUACUGACCUCACUUACAAAAGUCUGACCAGCAGGACCGAUGUCCAGAUUCUCAUCUGUCCCCAUCUCUCAGAUUCAAGUGUUCUGGGCAGCAUUAUGUUCAAACAUUUGUCUUUGCCUUACAAGGAGCUACCAGCCAGUGUUUUGCAAAGAGUUGGAUGUAAGAAGCAGUGCCACAUUCCGGCCUUCUUAGCGCUCAUUGGCACAGAGUUACGGACAUGUGGAGUGCUGAGGGAGAAAGAGGAAGAGAUGGAGCUGUUGAAGGAGUAUAUAGAGGCUGAUUCAGUUCCAGAGCUCUGGGUGAAGGUCAUUCAUCGCUGGGUACAAGAUUACAGCAGAACUGCUCCAACAGAAGAUAUUACUGAGGCUCAAACAUGCUCUGCAUCACUCAGGGAUGAUCUCUCAGGCUGGGUUUGGGACACGCUCUGUCUUAUUCAUGUGUCUCGUGCUGGGCUGACUGAGCCUCAGGUUUUGGCUUUGCUGGAAGAUUUAGGCUACUGUGGUAAUCUGCAAAUCCAGGUUUUGGAAUGGGCCAGACUGCGCUCUACAUUUUGGCCUUGGGUUCAAGAGAAAGCCAAUGGGCUUCUGAGCAUCACACAUCAAUCACUCAGCCAGGCUAUUAACCUACUGUUGCAUGGUACGGAUGGUCAGAAUUUCUACCAACGGAUGCUUGCUAAGUUUUUUCAGAAGUCCAGUUUAGAGCUUUGUAGCUGGGCAAGAAAGAUGGAAGAGAUUCCUUGGCAUCUCAAGCAAACUGGUUCAUUCAACGAGUUGCAUGAUUUCCUCAGUGAUAUGUCUACCGUGGAGUUUUUGUCAAGCAGCCUGAAGCGAUUCCCACAGAUGACAAUUGAUGUUAUACAUUAUUGGACACUACUAAGGCAGAGAGGAUUUGACCCUGUGACUUCAUUCCAGAAUCUGAUGGCUAAGACUUGGGAGCAUCUUGAUGAUGUUCACCCUCCAGAUCACAGCAGUUUGUGGAGACUGUCAUUGUUCUGUUCUAAAGUUCUGCUCUGUUUGGGUGAAAUGCAACAAGCUCGAGAGCUGCUACUGCAAGCAGAUCGAAUCUUCCAAAAGGGCGUAGAGCUGGAUAGUGACAGUAUGAGGUUACUACUCAAGGUGCAACAUAUGCUGGCAGAGCUUUACGUCCAAAUGCAUCUGCCAAAAGACACAGAGAUGUACUGCCACAAGGGACUUGAGACGGCCCGGUCUCUUACAGUAGCCCACCUUGACAGCACAGAGGUCAAACUGAUAGUUGGACAGCUGCUUUGUUGUCUGUGUGUGGCAUUGCUGGAGGAUGGACGGCUUUAUGCAGUACCAGGGCUUUUCAAAGAGAUCAGCUCGGAUAGAUGCAUCUCUGGCCAUCCUUGUGCUGACGGCACAACAAUGCUACUGAAGGCCAUUCACAAGUUGAGUCUUUGUGAGCCCCAGACUGCUGAGAAAUGCUUUCAAGCUGCACUGGCCAGCCGGAGGCGCUGGUACGGCUAUGAUCAUCCUCUGGUAGCAGUAGUGGAAGAGCAGCUUGCAGAUCUCUGGGCCAGAGCUCAAACCAACACAGAAUGGACACAGAGGAAGAUGGUUGAACUGUACCGGCAUGUUAUAAGCACUAAAGAGACUGAGGCUCAGAUGAUGCAACUUCCCACCAUGCAACACAACCUUGCUGUCAUUCUUACAAAGCUUGGUAAGAUGUUGUUGCGUAGCUGCAGUAGAGUUGAGAGGAGAGAGGGGCUGGAUCUGCUUCAGAGAGCUGCAGACAUAAGGAUUCACCUCCUGGGCCCUGAGCACCCACUGACACGAGACCUGGAGCUGGUUUCAAACCCUGAUAUUGUAGGACAGAGGAAGCAUGUUCUAGAGGUCAUCAGGACCACCUCAAACAAUAACCUGUCACUAGGUAUAGGUCAUCUACAACUGCUUACAAGGAAUCACACAGUGGGCUGCAAAAACCAUCCUCACAGUCACAAAUAACAUGAGCAACUACCAAAGUCCCUAAGAGCUUCUCUACACAAAGAGCAUCAUGUUGUAACCAGGAUGAAACCCCCAAAAGACCAUGGAUGGCUUUCCAGGUCUGCGUAUUUGGACCACAGAGUGACAUUAGGACUCUAUUGCAAACAGGAAACACUGGUAGGUUGGACCGAC